AUGUGCCGCCGCCUGUUCGGUCUUGUGUCGUUGCCCAGCGGACUGCGGGGUCUGUCGGGGUUUGGCAGUGUCCUUGGAACGGGAACCGUGCCGAGUGACCUCAUGAGAACUCUGCAGGAGGAGCUACAGGAGGAGGAGCGUCGAAAGCAAUUCGGCAUUGGCGAGACGCUGCGGAAUUGCAUUGGACAAGGUAACUUGGACCACCUCGAGAGUCCUGAGGCCGACGCUGUCCACCUUCAGAAGCUGGACUCAAUGGUGGAAAGCUUCUUUAGCAGAAUACCGUUGCCCGAGGACCCGAUGAAGGCUGCCCUGGAGCCCACAGAGGAGGAGCUGAAGAAAAACGAUGAGUGUGAGGUGUUAAAGGAGGCGGUGCGUGAGCAGUAUCAGCGCCGGAGGGCGGCCAAAGCAGCGGAAGAGGCCAGGUUGGCCAGAGCAAUGAAACGCUACGAUGUUCCGAUUGAAAACGAAGCGAAUUCCAACGCCACGGAACAUGUGGACACCCCAAAUGAUACGGUGGAACUGCGCCAGCAGAUUGACGUUAUGAAACGCCAACUUGCGAAGCUUGAGAAGCUGCUGAACUCCAAGGGCCGCAGUGAAUGA